GAAGAAGAAGAGCACACGUUUUAAUUCAAUCGACAGAGAGGAAUUGGGGAUUUUGCGGAGCCCUUAGAAUAGAAAGAAAAAAAAAAAAUCAAAAAUCUCGUCCCUCCUCCGUUCAGUAAAAAAAGUGAAGGAGAGUGUGAUACAAAUGGUGUAACUGAAUCUCAUCUGAAUACGAAUCAGAUCUGAUCACUGAAAGACGAAACGAUUACGAAAAGCUUCUCGCAAUGUCAGUUAGAGGCGGAGGAAGGAAGGAGGAGAGAGGAAGGAACCCUCCGUCGCGGCAUCUCUGGGUUGGGAACCUUCCCCUUGGGAUAUCGGAGCGGGAACUCGCCGAUAGGUUCUUAAGGUUCGGCGAACUGGAGAGCGUUGCGUUCCAGCCUGCGAGGAGCUACGCGUUCCUCAAUUUCAAGCACGACGAAGAUGCUUUCGCUGCUAUUGACUCGCUUCAAGGCUUCCCGCUCAAUGGCAACCCGCUUAAGAUCGAGUUUGCUAAGCCGGAAAAGUCCUCAACUGGAUCACGCACAGAAAAUAUAUUUCGUCAUGAUGAACAGCGGUCUGGAGCAAGAGGGUCACCUUUUUUCCAAAAGGACUCCAGAAUGCGUUAUGAGAGCCCUGACACAUAUAGCAGAUCAAACAAAAUGAGUGAUAAAGAUGCAGAACCCAGUGAGGUACUAUAUAUAGGAUUCCCAGCUUCGUUGGAAGUUGAUGAAGCGCUCUUGAUGGAGGUCUUUUCUCCAUUCGGAGAUAUAACGAAGGUCACGAUAUUCCCUGGUCGUAGUUAUGCAUUUGUUCAAUUCCGGAAUCUAAUGGCAGCUUGUAAGGCAAAAGAAACUCUUCAGGGUAACUUAUUUGGCAAUCCUCGAGUGAAUAUUUCUUUCGCAAAGAGUGAACCUUCCUCAUCUAGCAGUGGAAGGGGUCCGUCUGGUCAAACAUUCUCUCCCCCUUACAGAUCUGUUGAUCGACUAGGAUCUUCAGAAGGUUACUUUCAUCAGGAUAGAAAUUAUGGAAACAUCAGCAGAACUUCCAAUGUCAGAGAUCCACAUUACAUAGCAGAUAGGGGUUUGGAAGAGGCUGAAGAUUACAUGUUUAAUAGGAAAAGAGCAUCAAGGAAUGAAUAUGAUGGAGGCCUUCCUUAUAGAAGGUCGAGGUCUCCACGUAAGUUGCCCCAGGGUAUGCAUGAAUAUCAUAGGGAAAUGGAUUCCACAUUCCGUGAUGAUCCUCACAGGUACCCUUCAAGGAGUUCAGUGUAUGAAGAGCCAAGGGGUUUAUCCGAAGAAGAAUACUACUAUCAGGACACCAAGAGAGUGAAGACAAGAUCCUUGCAGCCUGAGAGACAGCUCCCAGGGGGGCAUCUGAUUUCUGCUGUAGGGCAAGAAAGACGCUCUUUCUCAAGAGCAUCUGCUGAUUUUUCCCCCAGUAAAGCCUUUGAUCGUAACUAUGAGGCUGGGCAGCUAAGAUACAAGCAAACAAUUGAGAAGCCGUUAAAUCUGGAAUAUAUAAGGAACGGGGAAAAGAGUAGCUUUCGUGAACCACAUGACGAAUUGAUGGGAGCUUUUUCUUUGCCUGAAGGGAAACGGCAUACACUUGAACAGAGUCGGCCAUCGCUUAAAGACUGGAACUGGGAAGGGACUAUUGCAAAGGGAGGCAAUCCUAUUUGUCGUGCUAAAUGCUUUCCUGUAGGCAAAGUGAUGGAUAUGAUGCUGCCUGAGUUUCUAGAUUGCACGGCAAGAACUGGUCUUGACAUGCUGGCGAAUCAUUACUACCAGUCAUCUCAAGCGUGGGUGGUUUUCUUCGUUCCUGGAAGCGAUGCUGAUAUUGUGUUCUAUAACGAAUUUAUGCAUUAUCUGGAGGAGAAGCAGCGGGCAGCUGUCUCUAAAUUGGAUGACACAACGACGUUGUUCCUUGUGCCUCCCUCUGAUUUCUCCGAGAAAGUACUUAAAGUUCCUGGGAAACUAAGCAUCUCUGGGGUUAUUCUACGGUCAGAAUACGAAGGUUCUGGAUAUGGGCAUGUUCAACAGCAAGGUGAGAGAAGAUAUGGUGAAACAUCAUAUCCAGAGGAUAGUAUUAGUGGAGCUGUUCCUGAUCCAGGAGGUCCAACUGCAUUUCUGCGUAGUGCUGCACGAGAUGUUCAACAGUUACCUAUGGAUCCAUACAUUGAGAGCAGGCACGAUCCGUACUCUGGAAGAGUUUGGCCACCUCGUGAUGUGUCAGUUACCAACACUAGAAGCUCACAGAUGCAACCACCUUUGACAAAUCUUCAAGAGCAUAGCGGGUUUGUUGCUCAGCAAAGUGCAGAUCCAAGUCGUUUUCGUGAAACAGAGAUUCCAUCAGGGUUUCAGCCUGAACAUCUUACACAUUUAGCUUCCUCUAUGUCUAGACAGCAAUACCAAGUAGACAACACAUCAAAUCAGCCAGAGAGAUAUGCAGCAGAGGCUCGAGCAAGUUUCCACCCUUUGCAACACGAGCAGACACCAAGCGCACCUCCAGGAUAUCAAAAUGUACAGCUGCAAGGUAGCAGCAACAUCCAAGAAGGAGGAGAAGAAGAAAACGAGGCUAAUCCACAGAAGCGUCUCCAAGCUACGUUGCAGCUAGCAGCAGCACUUCUGCAGCAGAUUCAACAAUCUAAAAACUAGUUGAAGAUCGCUUCCUCAAAAUGCAUCAAUGAUCCACAAGUAUGAAAAUAUUAAUAUUAUCGAGAUUAACAGAUCAUAGUCGGUAAUAUAUAUAUAAUCAGUCUUUUCCAGAUUCAGAUGAUUGUAAAAGUAGCCUCAUCGUGCCUCGGUUUACCUUUUGCAAGAAGAAACGCAACAAGUUUUACAGUACUAAAUCAUGUUUCUCA